AUGGUACAAUGUGCAGCCCUCAAUUGUAACAACAGUAGCAAUCGUGGACAGAAAGUAAGUUUAUUCGCUUUUCCCCGAGAUAAAAAGCUUCGGAAUGCGUGGAAAAUUAAGCUCAAGAGAGACAAUUUUUCUCCAAGCGACCACACCAGAUUGUGUGAGAGCCAUUUUGCGGACGACUGCUUCACCCACGAUCGACGUCUUUUGGAAUCACUUGGUUUCACACCGGGUCGAAAAUCGUUAAAACCAGGGUCAAUUCCCACAAUUUUUGAUUAUUCGCCGAAAUCCAGGCCUACCACUCCCAUCCAGACCGAAGACAGCGGUACCAGUCCUGCCAAUGCCCGGAAUGACCAACACUAUCCAGUCGGCGCAACUCCGAGCAGAAGUCGGUCUAGGCCUAGCACAGCAGUCCAGAAAAGACGACGUCUCGAGAUUUUGGCAGACGUAACAAAUGAACAGCAGAUUAGUACAAAUUACACGUCUGAACAAAUCAAGUACCAUCCAAAUCAGGUGCACAUGGAGACACAGACUUCUGAUCACAGAAGUACUGUAGAUAAAUGUGUAGGACCGGAUGAUCCACUAGAGACAUACAAUGUUGGCUGUCAGACGUCAUACAACCUAACAAAAUGUCGUCAUGUUAGUCUACAGACAAAAAUAUCAGAAAUGAAGACUUCAGUUACAUCUUGUGGGGUCCAGGCCAUAUGCCAGACUGUGUCUACAUCCAUUCAAUGCCACAGAUACAACACCACCCAGAAAGAUAGGGAAAAUUAUUCUGAUGAUGAGAGUGACAUGGAUAUUUCUCUACCAGAUCAGGACAAUGAUUCAGAAUGGAGUCCAUUAGAAGAUCUGGAGGAGUAUUCAGAUUUGGAAGACAAUGUCACAACAACACAUGAAUUGGACAGUGAGGACACAGAUCCAGACAAAGCGCACAAGUAUGUUGUGUUUGAACAAUGUCUCUUUGAACUGCUAGACAUAUGUGCUGUCUGCAGCAAGAGAAACUUGCAACACAUCAAAACAACAGUUGGUACUUGUGUUUGUGUAACAAGUAGAUGUGUCUGUGGAUUUAUCAGAAAAUGA